AUGGUUAAACGGCUUCUUCCCGGCCAUUUGAGAUUUUCUCGGCGACCUCUCUAUGGGUUCUUUCCCCAUCUGCAAAGGGUCUCCGGAAGGGUUGAAAAUAAAAAGUCGGACAGGGCAAUUUUAAAGCUCUGUUCAAGACAAAGACCUGAAUUGGAGGCAACAGGUAAAGGGAUUAACGCAGUUGAAGCAAAGGACAAGACAUUAGAGUUGGUGAAUAAGGGAAGAAAUCAGUUGGUGAGGAACGAAACGAUAUCUGAGGUCGCAGCAUUUGAGCUCCCUGGUAUUCCCUUGGCACAUUCAGAACCAGACAGAAAAUCCGGAGUAACCUUUGUUCUCGAGCAAGCCUCAUUGGUUUGUGCUAAGGUUGGAAGGAGAUACCAGAUUUUAAACUCCAAUGAACAUGCGGCCUUCUUGCGGAAAAAGAAUAAGAAUCCUUAUAAAUACAGACCUGACAUCAUUCAUGAGGUGCUAAGUAGAAUUAUAGAUAGCCGACUGUGCAAGUCGGGUAGGAUACAAGCUAUAUAUGUGAAGACUGACGAAGGGGUCUUGAUUAAAGUUGAACCAAAUACUCACAUACCAAGGACACCACGACGUUUUAGGAAUAUGAUGGCUGAGUUAUUGCAAAAGUUGAGUGUCAAAGCUGCGAAUAAACAUGGGAAGCUUUUACGCUUGGUUCAGAAUCCUGUGACUCAACACCUUCCAGCCAACUCGCGUAAAAUAGGUCUUUCUUAUAGCUCAAACCAAUUGGUUCGCCUAAAGGACUACGUUGGUGGUAUUAGUGACAACGAGAACCUUGUUUUUGUGGUUGGUGCAAUGGCUCACGGGAAAAUUGAUGCUGACUACGUAGAUGAUCUCAUAUCAAUUUAUGGAGGUCGGAUGAGUGCUAGAAUGUGUUUGGAAGAAAUAUUCGAAGCUGUGGAGAGUAAAUGGAAGAUCUUAUGAACAUCCUGUUCAUCUUUCACCUUAAAUAGUAUUGGAAACAGUCCAUUUUGUUUGUUAUAGAGUUAUGUUCGAAACUUUAUUCAUCAAAAGCAGCCAGUCCUGGUGCUGUGAGGAUUAAGGACUGUUAUCCCAAAUAGGUGAAUAACAGACCUUAAUCAUGCUUGUACUUCCCCCAGAGGUGAACCUUUGGUUUCCUCUGCUCUGAAAUAAACAACAACUUUCAGAAAAAAAAAAAGCAGCCAGUCAGGUCACCUUCGAUUUCCCAUAUAUGAGAAACCUAAUGAUCCCUGCA